AUGGCCGAGAAGCGGCGACCCUCGCCCGGCACCGCGAUGAGUCUCAAGGCUCACGCCUUCUCGGUGGAGGCGCUCAUCGGAGCCGAGAAGCAGCAGCACAAGCAGCCGAAGCGGCGCAAGCUGGGCGGCGAGGAGGAGGUGGCGGCGGCGGCGGCGGCGGCGGCGGAAGAAGCGGGCAGCGGCUGCGAAAAGGGCUCCAGCGAGGGCGCCGAAAGCGCCCCGUUGCAGCCCCACGCUGGGGCAGCGUCGGCGCCUGGCAGGAGCUGCGGCGAGCUGGAGCUGAGCUGCGGCGUCCGGGGACCGGCCGGCAGCUGCGAGGAGAGUUUCCUAGGAGGGUCCCCGCCAGUGUCGCCCGGCGGCUCCCCCAAGGGGUCUAGGGCCGGUUCCCCUUCGCCAACCCCGCAAGCGCCCCGGGUAGAUCUGCAGGGAGCCGAGCUGUGGAAGCGCUUCCAUGAGAUCGGCACCGAGAUGAUCAUCACCAAGGCAGGAAGGCGGAUGUUCCCUGCAAUGAGAGUGAAGAUCUCAGGUUUAGACCCACAUCAGCAAUAUUACAUUGCCAUGGACAUUGUGCCAGUGGAUAACAAAAGAUACAGGUAUGUUUACCAUAGUUCGAAGUGGAUGGUGGCCGGGAAUGCUGAUUCACCAGUACCUCCUCGUGUUUAUAUUCACCCUGAUUCACCCGCCUCAGGGGAGACUUGGAUGAGGCAAGUGAUCAGCUUUGACAAGCUGAAACUUACAAACAAUGAGCUGGACGAUCAAGGGCAUAUUAUCCUUCAUUCUAUGCACAAAUACCAGCCUCGCGUCCAUGUCAUUCGUAAAGACUGUGGUGAUGAUCUGUCUCCAGUCAAGCCCAUUCCUUCAGGAGAAGGCGUCAAAGCAUUCUCCUUUCCUGAAACUGUUUUCACUACUGUAACAGCAUACCAGAAUCAACAGAUCACUCGAUUGAAGAUUGAUAGGAAUCCAUUUGCCAAAGGAUUUAGAGAUUCUGGACGUAACAGAAUGGGACUGGAAGCUUUAGUGGAGUCCUAUGCAUUCUGGAGACCUUCACUGAGGACACUUACAUUUGAAGAUAUACCCGGGAUCCCCAAACAAGGAAAUGCAGGCACCUCUACUUUACUCCAGGGACCUGGCAAUGGAGUUCCAUCUACCCACCCUCACCUCUUACCUGGGUCCCCUUGCUCUUCUCCUGCCUUCCAUCUGGGUCCCAACACUAGCCAGCUCUGUAGCCUUGCUCCAGCUGACUAUACAGCUUGUGCCCGCUCAGGCUUAACCCUUAACAGAUACAGCACUUCUCUGGCUGAAACCUACAACAGGCUCACAAACCAAACCAGUGAGACCUUUGCACCCCCAAGGACUCCCUCUUAUGUGGGUGUGUCAAGUAGCACAACUGUGAACAUGUCCAUGACGAGCAAUGACGGUGAUGCAUUCAGCUGCCCACAAACCGGUUUAUCUAUGCAGAUAUCAGGGAUGUCGCCACAGCUUCAGUACAUCAUGCCAUCCCCAUCAAGCAAUGCCUUCACCACUAAUCAAACCCACCAAGGCUCUUAUAAUACAUUUAGACUACACAGUCCCUGUGCUUUGUAUGGAUAUAACUUCUCCACAUCCCCCAAACUGGCUGCCAGUCCUGAGAAAAUUGUUUCUUCCCAAGGAAGUUUCUUGGGGUCCUCACCAAGUGGAACCAUGACUGAUCGGCAGAUGUUGCCCCCUGUGGAAGGAGUUCACUUACUUAGCAGCGGGGGGCAGCAGAAUUUCUUUGACUCUAGGACCCUAGGAAGCUUAACACUGUCAUCAUCUCAAGUGUCUGCACAUAUGGUUUGAUGAAGCCUCUUAAGGAAAAGUACAGUAUGUUUGGUGUCUACGAUGUAUUUCUCUUGAAAUAUGAAAGGACACAAUGUAGCUUGUAAAGUGUAUAUAUAAUAUGAGAGGAAGCUUUGCUGAAUCAUUUGACUUGCUUGUGGCCAGAUUGUUUUCUGGUUUGAGUUCUGCGUUGUGGCACAGUCCAUUUAGUUUUCUGGGAUGUACACUUAGUUGUAUAACACGUUGGAACAUAUGCAACAAAUUAAGCAGGACUUCCUCCCCUUUUGCCCUCCCCCUUUCGUAGCCCUUUAAAGAAUGAAAUGACACUUGGGUCUGAAUUAAACAAUAAAAACAAAACAUAUUUCCUACAGA